AUGCACGACAUCAUGCUUUAUUUGAGCGUCCACGGUUCCACAGCCGCUUGGUGUCAGAAGCUGUUUCAGGCGCCCAGCUACUGGGGUGCUGGCCAAGAGCUCGGCGGCAUGGAAGCAGCACUGAUGGUGCUCGUGGUUUGUCCUAAGGACCCACACAUCAAAGCGAAGAUCCUGAAGAGGUCGGGCGACCUCUUGUCGCACGAAGAGCCCGGUGAGCUGGGCUCUCGUGUGGCGGCCGUGAAGUGGCUCCUCUUGACGAUGCCUUCGGUACCGGCCCAUUCCGACGCCGCGAAGCUGUGCCAACUCACGGAGGAGGGUCGUUCAGAUUUGCUGAUGAGAGUCGCUUCAAUGCUGAUUUCCUUGGAUGGUAUCGAUGUGCUGAACUCUCAGCAUGAGAUUCGGCGCUUUCUGCUUGAGACAGACAUUCCUCUUCAAAGACUCUUGCAGAAGCCUGCAAAGGUGGGCAGGGCCGUGGUGUCUUUGCUGUUUUGCCCCGAUCAUGCCGAGCAAGUAAAGAGACGCGAAUUGGGGGUCGCCUUGGCCAGUAGCUUUGAGGAGAUCUUGGGCUAUGACAUCUUAACUUGGGAGCUGAAAUCAGGUGGAGAAGCUCAUCGUUUGACACCUGCAGCACACGCGGCGCUCUUGGAAUAUGCCCCUAAUCUGGACGUCGUUGAAGUGCUCCUGCGCAAUCCCUUGUUAUCAGCUAUCUCAAAGCUCCUGAGUCUUGAGGGAGCCCAGUGCGCGGAAGGAUUCCUUUGCGAGGUCUUAGAGAACUUGCAGAAUUCAGACACCCUGGUCCUUACGAUCUUAAAGCUUCUUUCCAGCAAGGAAGAGGAGAUUGCAAAGGUCAUGACACCACUGAGUACAAAGCUGAGAGCUGUGAACAGCAGCUUAUUCUCCUCCAGCAGAAACCCCUUUUUGCCUGCCUUGUACUCAGCAUUGCAGUCCGAGAGCUUGGGAAACUACCUGGCCAUGGUGGCCCAUGGAAGCCAGGCAGGACGACCUUUACAGCUUUCCCUGGACAGUUGCACUAUGCUCCAGGACUUGUACAUCCAGUACUUCCGCCAGGCCACAGAGAUGACGACGAGUGGCAUCGACUCCACGUAUGCCAUCCACCAGGCAAUGCUGGAUCACGCCUCUUGUGCCAGUCUCUUCACCAAGCUCAGUGAGAUGAAGGAUCCAAACCCCAAAGAUUUGGCAUUAUUAUGGUAUUGCUGGAGGCAAAGUCCAGACCGACAGUUGCCUUUUUGGGCAUUGCCCUCAUCUCAGCUGGGCCCUUUGUUUGUCUUUGCUUUGAAUACAGGCUUGCCUUUCGUGGAGCGUUGCAAACCCAUGCGCUUUGGCCUAUCAGUCUUAGCCAAAUUCCUAGUUGCCCCUGAGACUUUGCCGUUGGGUGUUUACAACACCUUGGCAGAGAAGGCCCCUUGGGUGCACACUGGCAGUACAAGCGCCUCCAUUCAAGUGCAGACCCUACUGCUCGGGCAAGAAGACCAGGAAGAGUAUCCACCAUACUGUAUCCGUUGGCAUGCCCGUGCUGUGCCACCGCCUUUGCGUCAUCAGCUCUUGCGGCGAUGUCACCGCUCCGUGGUACCAGUGCUGGACACUGCAGCACAUGAUUUUUACCCACGGCUCAACUCCGGGAUCUCGGAAGCAAACUUACGUUUUAACCUCGGCUUGAUGCUUGCCCUGCGCUCCAACAACCCAGACCUGCAAGUCUACUUCGACCAUGGGGCUGAUCAUCAAAGGCAGUUUGUCGCUGGUUGCAUCCUCAGCUGGUUUAAGGCAGCUGGCAUCUCCUAUCAUGAUCUUUUGGAAUGUGUCCGACCGGAAGAUCAAGCUGACUUCACUUCUUUGUGGGAGGAGGUUCAUGAGGCUUAUCGCAGGACAGGUCCAGCCUCUCUUCGAAGGAUGUAUGUUCGAGGGCCCUUGCCCACAGACAUUGAUGUACGCUGGAUCGACGAGGGGGCACGAGAUGUACCUAUCCUGGCGCGGACACGUGACUCCGCAGUGCUCACUGCUCAGUGGCUCAACAUGCUCCUGCUACACUUCAAACUGUCCUCUCCAGAACCAUUUGAGGCAGAGGACCUGGUGGUCGAAACGGCGUCAGGCCUUCAAGUGGGAAAGCGCUUAGAUUCAGCUUUGGCCACCAUUUCAGAGGCGGUUGGUUCUGCACUCAGACGUGACUUGAGUGCCAAGGAAUCAGCACUGGUGAUUGCCCUUGCCGAUGGCAAAUUUGACACUUUGCAGCUAGUGACUCGGGUCAGCGUUUUGGCAGACUUCGUCCUUCUACUUCGCACGAGCACAAUGGCUGCAGAAACACCCAUGAAGAUCGGGCAUUUCUUCGAGCAACUCAUUCGUGCAUUUGCCCACCAACAAGGUCCCGAACCGCCAGAUGCACACAUUGCAGCUUUGUUCGAUGCCUUUUUCUUGCUCCAUGGUCUUACUUCUGAGAAUGAGGGCUUGGAAGUGGAGGCACUAGCCAAGGCAUACCAGGCCUACAAUUUGCCUGUGAGCGCUCAAACCAUGGAGGAAGUCAGGUGGCUGCAUGAGAACUACUAUGGGCGGAAGGAAAAGACCUCCGGCAUCAAAUGCAGGCUGCCCCGCUUCGCCACCGUAUGCGACCGAAUUGCUACCAUCCAGAGAUUGGAAUUGCGGAAGGUGACAUUCCAGAGGCACUUGGAAAAAACACAGUUUGUGGGUGAGUUGUUUGCGAAGGAUUUCGAUGUCAACCCCCCCUAUUUGCUCCAGAGCAACAUGCAAUUGCUUUGCUCUUUGCCACUGACUGUCCACAGAGAAGAUUUGGGCGAACAGGAUGAAGCUGUGCAUGAAGUGCAGGUGGGCAGCGACCAAGCUGCAACAUCCGCAGCUCGCAGCUACGGCGGCUUCAACGGCGGGCAGUGGGAGUGGCCCGAUCUCGGUGCCGAUUGGAAGGAGCCAUGCCCAGUGAUCUCCGCGGCCAAUGUGGUGGAAAUCGUCUCAGAGUCAGAAGCUGAGAGUAUCCUUGGUGCACAUUGA